AUGGAGGAAAGGAAGUGUCUUGAAUUUGAGAAAAGGUUGAGACCGAAGAUCUUGAUGAAGGUGGUUGGUAACAUGAUCCGUGACUAUGACCACUUAGUCGAAGCUGCAGCUCGUGUAAAAAUCACAAUAGAGGUUGAAGAGGCAAGACAAAGAUCAAAGAGAACAAGUCAGUCUGACACUGGAAGUGACACGUGCUCUUCUAAGAGGCCUAGGGGUUCAUCAUCAUCGUGGUGUGGCCAGAUGGGUCACAAAGCUGCGGAGUGUGGGCAGAUAGGUGGAGCACGGCCCCAGCCGAUGCGUUCUCAAGGUCCACCUCAAAGUAGAAAUCAGCAACAAUCUUGUUAUGAAUGUGGCCAACCUGGACAUUUGAAGAAGUUUUGUCCACAGAAAGCGGGAGUUUUGGAGAUGGCAGGGUCUAGACAGCCAGAGGGCUCACAGAUGAGUCAAGGGGGUGAUGUAGGGGAGCAGAGAUCACAAGGAAGGGUGUAUGCAGUUACAGCUUCUGAGCAAGCUACGGGGUCAUCAGUGGUGCGAGGUACAUUUCUCAUCUUCAAUACAUGGGCUAAGGUGUUAAUAGAUGCUGGGGCUUCACAUUCUUUUAUUGCCACAUCAUUUGCAUUAUUGUUGAAAUUAGAGAGUAGACAACUACAAGUCCCACUCACAGUGGAAUCACCAGUAAGGAGAAAGGUCAAUCUAACCCGGGAAUGCCAGGGGUGUGUAAUUGAGGUAGCAGGUCGACAACUUCCUUUUAAUUUCAUAAUGUUUGAAAUGGUGGGUUUUGAUGUGAUUCUCGGAAUGGAUUGGUUGUUCGCGUAUCGGGCAACAAUAGAUUGUUACCGGGGGAGGGUCACAGUGUGUACUAUAAGUGGUGAUUGUUUUACAUUACUGGGGGAUAGGUAUGAUAGAUUGUUACCCUUGUCACACUAUCCUUGUGGCCGAGAUCAAAUUAAUUUUCUUUUAGCAAGCUUGUGGGAAGAUGGAAGUGAUGUGGUCCGAGAUGAAUUCCCAAAAGUAGUGAGUGAAUAUCUCGAUGUCUUUCCUGAAGAUCUCACAGAGUUACCACCUCAUAGGGAGAUUGAGUUCACCAUAGACUUGCUUCCGGGUACGGCACAUAUCUCAUUGUCACCGUAUAAGUUUGCUCCGACUGAAUUAGUGGUUUUGAAAGAACAGCUGCAGGAGUUGCUUCGUAAGGGCUUCAUAUGCCCCAACACGUCACCUUGGGGAGCCUCAGCAUUGUUUGCCAAGAAGAAUGAUGGGUCCUUAAGGUUGUAUUUGAGGUCGGGUUAUCAGCAAAUUCGAGUUAGAGAAGAGGAUAUUCCCAAAACCGCCUUUCGUACCUGGUAUGGUCAUUACGAGUUCUUGGUUAUGCCUUUUGGGCUGACCAACGCCCCAGCUACAUUCAUGGACCUAAUGAACCGAAUCUUUAGAGAAUUCCUUGAUACAUUUGUGGUGGUCUUUGUAGAUGAUAUUCUUAUCUAUUCACCCUCCGAAGAAGAGCAUGAAAGGAACCUUCGUAUGAUUUUGCAGCUUCUUACGGAGCACCAGCUUUAUGCUAAGUAUGAAAAAUGUGAAUUUUGGCUUACAAAAGCAAGGUUCUUAGGCCAUGUAGUUUUAGGGGAUGGGCAAAUAGUGGAUUCCUCAAAAAUAGAAGUUGUGUUAAAUUGGGAGCAACCUAAGAAUGUCUCAGAAAUUCGAAGCUUUUGGGGUUUGGCUGGUUAUUAUCUCCGUUUUGUGAAGAACUUCUCUUCUUUAGCAUCACCGUUGACUAGGUUAACCCGUAAGGGAGUAAAGUUUGUUUGGAGUGAAACAUGUGAAAACUCUUUCCAAGAACUGAAGUUUAGAUUGACCACCGCACCCAUCCUUAUCAUUCCGGAAUGA